CUCCAGACAAAGCCCACGCAGCAAGAUGAAGGAAUCACCAGCUGGAAGUUGGUGUUCCUGCUUUGGGCUGGGAAAACCAUCCUCUGGGGCCACACGCCAAUGGCAGCACAAUGCCAGGGAGCCCUCAGAGACAGAAGUCGUAGUCCUGGCAGGUGAAUCGAGCCCUUGUCAACCCAGAAGAGUCAGAGCAAGUAGCGAUGAUGGGCGGUGUGCUUCCAUCAAUGCACAGCUCUUAGGAAGCACGAAUCGCUGCGCUUCAGAUGACAGCCUUGCGCAUAACAACAGUGACGGACACAAGGCGCUCAUCCAAGUUCAAGCCCUCAUUUCCCCCAGCUCUGCUGAAGAUGCUGACCUGAGCCUGCCAGCCACCACAGUCACCAGCCUGGACUGUGAGCCAGCACCUCUGCAGUGCAGCCCAGCCCAAGCACAGUCCGAGUGCCCCGACAGCAGCACAUCCAUGCAGGAGCAGGUCAGCAUCAGCGAGGAGAAGCAGAGCCUGUUGGAAGGGACUUAG